UGAGUUGGCGCCCACUCGGCUGUGGAAGGGGGCUUCCGGGCUUCUGUCUGCAGUCGUUGCUGGUUUUUCGUCGAGAGCGGUUGUUCUGCGUUAUUCUGACUAUAAGUUUUCUGCGCUGCUGGCCUUGUUUCUCUGCACAGACUGUUAUUGGCUCGAUUCGAUUAAAAUGGGAUCUAUUGGUUACACCAAAGAUGAACUGGUGGGACUGCGGGUCGUGCGAGGUCCCAACUGGGAAUGGGACACACAGGACGGUGGUGAAGGAUUCGUCGGGACUGUUGUUGAAAAUAUCCAAAAUUCCGGGAGGGUAAAGGUGCGUUGGGAUUCAGGACAGGAGUUUAUUUAUCGCAUCGGCGCCGAAGACGCUUACGAUCUGCGCGUUUUGGACAGUUCAACCGUCGGGGUGAAACAUCCUGGUGUCGAAUGUCGAGGGUGUGGCCAGAAAGACAUUGCCGGUUUGAGUUGGCAAUGCUUCGAUUGUCCGAUGCCAAUCAAUUUGUGCACUUUUUGCUUCACAAAUAGAAAACGCGAACAAACUCACGUCAUCUUCCAACGUUACGAUCGACCAUUAUCUGAUCCAAUGGUUGUCCGUUUGCAUCCUGACCAGCCAAGGAUCCCAUUAAAAGGAAUUUUCCCUGGUGCAUUAGUGAGAAGAGGUGCCGACUGGAAAUACGGUGACGAGGAUGGAUGGAAAGAUAAAGAGGCAAACCCACCAAUCGGUAAAGUGGUGCCGACACCAACCGGCCGUGAGAUGACGUCGGGCAAAAUUUGGGUCCAGUGGCCGUGUGAAUUGGAUAAAUCCUACCCCUAUCGUGUGGGUUUUAGUGGCAAAAUGGAUCUGAAAAUGGCCAAGGCUGGUGUUGGCGGACAAUAUCAGCCGGACACUCUACCCGUUCUCAAGAUCUCAAAGCCGAGGGUGAACGAGAAAACAAAUGAAGUCGUCGCAGAUCCUCCACUCGUCGUUGGAGACAGGGUCAAAGUUGUGGUUGGACUAGAGGACCUAAGGGAAAUGUCGGUAGAUUGCGGGAUAGGCUGGAACGCUGGCAAAAUGAAAAAGGUGGCUAAUGAGAUUUUGAUAAUUAAGGAUAUUGACAACAAAGAAAACACGGCGAAGGCAAUUCGAAGAUUAACUCCGUGGCUACCAGUUGGCGCCGUGGUGCAAGUCAUUGAUAAACCUUCAAAUGGCAUGGUCAUGGUACAAGACGUGAUGGCGGGCGUUUUUGGACGCGUUAAGCGAGUAAAUUUCGAUGGGAAAACGGUGGAUAUGGAAUUCUUUACAUCCGGUGGUAAUGUUAUAAAAACAGUCGAUGUCGAUCAACUGGAAAACAAACUCGUUGAUGUGUCGGUGGUCGAAAAAGUAGAUUCUAUUAGAAAAUCAAUUAGAAAAGAGUUGGCCAAGUUACUCUUGUCGGAGGUAGAGAAAGGGUCCAUCCUCUCCGUUCAAUUCCUGCUGAAGACUUAUCCAGAUAUCAUCAAUUGUCAAAGUCGUUACAAUGGAAGAAAUUCGACUGCGCUCAGCGUCGCCUGCCAGAAGGGAAAUGUGGAGAUGGUCAAAUUGUUGUUGACGCAUAAGGCGUCGGUGGACAUCGCUGAUGAAGAAGGUAAAGAGAAGGUUGAAAAAGGUUGCGAAUAUUGUGGCGAACCAGACGAUGAUAGUGACGAUGAUAGCGACGAUGACGUUGAAUCCCACAAAAAAGGCAUGCCCAUUCACCACGCUGCUAUCAGAAAUCAUCCGGAAGUAUUGCGACUGUUGCUGGGAAACGGGGCUUCAUCUAACGAAAUCAAUGGGAAAGAAAGAACUCCGCUUCACUUGGCAGCCAUGAAAGGAUACGUUGAAUGUGUUCGAGUAUUGCUGGAAGACGAGCGAUGUGAUCUAGCUAUUAAAGAUCGUUAUGAUGACACAGCCUUCGAAUUGGCCGUUGAGUCUUCUGUUCAAUCUGUGGAAUUGUUCAAUUUGUUCCGCGCCACCGGCAGGUUGAUUAUAAUUGAAAAAGAUCAUUGGGGGAAAAAUCUUCUUCACUUGGCCGCAGAAUAUAAAAAUUUUGAAGCAGCUAAGUUGUUAUUGAGUUGUCCGGAAGGAAAGAAAUUGGCGUGUGAGUGUGACUAUUAUGAUAAGACACCGCUAUUCAUAGCAUGCGACGAAGGUCAUAAUCAGAUCGCCAAACUGUUAGUGUCUAACGUGGAUAAAGACGAAAACGGGAAACCGUGGGGAAUUGAUACACCAAACUACCAAGGAAAGACACCGUUGAUGAGAGUCGUGGAGAAGUUCAACUACGAAUUGAUUGAACACCUGAUCGGGGCCGGUGCAAACCUCCAUGCCACAGAUAAAAAGGGCGAUGCUCCAUUUCAUUACGCUGCGCGUUUGUACCGAGAAAAGAAACGGCCUCUCGAAUGGCCAAAUCAGGAAACUUCCCCUGAAAUCUUCAAGCUGUAUAAUGAAUUAAACACGAAGCAUCCUGGUGAAAACCUGUCACCCCACGCUGCCGUCAUCUGUUACCUCGUCGCAAAAGGAGGAUGUCCUCAAAAUAUUACCUUUCCAGAAUUUAAAAAACUCGUUGGCGACGACUUUUUGCACGGCGACGAAAUUAUUAAUUUUUUUCCCGAUCAACUUAAUUCGAUGUCGCAAAACGUCGGCAAUCAAUUGCAAUAUUCUCAACCUGCUGGAUGGAGUGAAAGAAAUGUCCGAAAUGCUCACGAAGAGCAUUUGCCCAGCAAGAGAGGAAGACAAUCGACUGUCACAGAAUCGGAUGUUCCAUCAACAAGCAACAAGAGGAAAAAGAAGACGUAAUGCAGAAAAUGACAGUUGACCUUCUAAUUAAAAAUCUUAAUGUUUAAUUAUGUGGCCUAAUUAUACACAUAAAACUUUUUCCCUCA